UAGGUUUGUGCCUUGGUGUUAAAAUGUGAUAACAAAAGAACUGGAAUCUGUUUUGUUUUUCUUCUAUCCCGGAGUGAAAGAAUGAGACAACUCAGCUGAAGAUAUCGCCACCGUGGAAAUGCUUUCGAGCCAGAGCUCGCGACCAUAUACCGUUGGAAGCUUCCGAAUGAAGCUGGCGUUAUUCGAGCAAUUCAUCGAAGAAUUUACAUAUGUCGACGAAGAAUUAAAUCCAGAAGAACGACAACAGAUCCUACAAGCUCGUUUGACGAACGGCUACGAACCGUUUUGCGAAGCAAUUCGUAAUCUUUUUGGCAACGACGUGAGUACUCAAGACUUGAAGGCCUUGUUCAGGAAGAUCGCUUUGAAUCCCGAUGCUCAAGUUGAUUGGAGUGAGCUGUUUGGCAUUGGUGGUGCAACGGAUGAAGUACCUGACUUGUUAUUAAAUGAAGACACUUCAUCAGUCAUAACCACCAGCAAGAGACGAUUUGUAGGAGAGGCAGGAGGGGAUAAGAAAAGACGCGAUGUUGUGCAGUGCAUUGUUCAGGUUCCAAAAUAUGACUUUUACAUCAUUGCCUCUCAGAAAGGCAUUAUUUGUCAAUGGAGCAGUAAGUUCCGGCUUCAGUCCUGUGUUGACUUGAAUGAGUCUUCAUGGGUGACAGGCUGUGGAUUUUUGCCCAGUCUCAGAAGAAUAGCGGUUACAUCUGAGAGAGCAUUAUCUUUAUGGGACUACAGAGCAAAAAGAAAACAGUUGACAAUUUACCAAAUCAAGCCGCUGGAGAACUCCCCUCAGUGCAUGAUCUACAUUCCAUGGAAGACUGAAUCCAUGAAUGAGGACACAAUACUGUUUGGAGAUGAUCAAGGAUAUGUGAAUAUGAUGACAGUGUCUUCAAAAGACCUUCAUAUGAAGAACUCAACAGCAGGAAAAACAGAUUCUCAGAUUGUCACCAUUGAACCCAACAAACUCACCUAUGCACUGCAGAGAAGAAGAUUCCAUGAUGACUGGGUGAUCAAGAUUAAGUAUUUUCCUCAACUGGAAAUGUUUGGAUCCUGUUCACCAAGCAGCAAUUGUUCAUUUAUAUUGGGGAACCUUGAAAAAAUCUUGGACCACAGUCCUGUCAGAGAGCUUGCUGUCCCAAAGGGGGUCAACUGCUUUGAUUAUUGUACAAAAGCCAAUGUUAUUAUCACAGCUGGUGCAGACAAAGUCAUAAGAGUUUGGCAUCCACUCAUAUUCACAAGACCAACAGGAAAAUUACUUGGCCACCUUUUCACAAUUGUUGACAUUGCUGUGAAUGAAAAGGAUCAACAACUCAUCAGUUUAUCAACAGCAAGGGUAUUCAGGGUAUGGGAUAUCCAGACACUGUCAUGUUUGCAAGUAUUUACAGACAAUGAAGUUAGGCCGGGAGAGAAGCGCAUCUCCUGUAUGCUUUUUGAUGCCAAGCAUGACAGACUUAUUACAGGUUGUAGUGUAAUUGACACCUGGCCACUGACUCGAGCCAUUCAGGAUUCACUUCAAGUUCCCCACACUCAUGACAGACCAAUAUGCCAGCUUUUGUACAAUCCUCAGAUGAACCAGGUCAUUAGCGGCUGCGUUGAAGGGAUACUUAAGGUUUGGGAGAUGGAGACAGGCAAGUUUGUUUAUCAGGUAGCUGAUGCCCAUGGCCCGUCUACGGAGAUCACAGCCAUGACAGUAGACAGCUCAGGUUACAGGCUUGCUACUGGAGCUUACAAUGGUUCUAUAAACGUGUGGGAUUUUGGCAGCGGACAGCUUUAUAAGAAGUAUCCGGAUGAACACGCUAAAAAACGCUAUGAAGACACCAUAACAGACCUGACGUAUCACACGAUGUACAACAAAAGAUGCUUGUUGGUGUCUUCGUGGGGAAAGAAAAUAAGAAUCAUGGAGGACUCAGCAGAAGUCGCAACCUUAAUCGAACUCAAGGUUUUAUCAGAUCUCUUUAUUCCACCAGUGCCCUCAAACUCUGCCCAAGAGGGACAGGCACCGUUCAUUUCAAGAGCACCUCUGCCUACCAUUGGAGAAUCUCAGGAGGUCCAAUCAAGUAAUGAGGAGCAUGUCCUCUCGUUUUGUGAAGUAACUUGUUUGGAACAUGUAUCUCCUUUACUUUUUGCUGGUACAUCGAAUGGAUCAGUCAUCAUGUGGAAUCUAGAGACGGAGAAGGUCUUCUUAAGGUGUCAACCACCAAAAGCCAGGAGUGCAAACAGCAGUAAUUACAGACGGAAUCACCGAGAUGAACAGCUGGUGUACAAAGUGCUUUAUCUUAUUCAUCGAGUUAGGAAACCCAUCAUUUACGGCAACGGUAAAAAUACUAACUUGCCAAAAUCAAGCAAUGAACAAGAUGAAGAUAGCGCUGAUACGGGAGGCGCGAGUGACCCUCAAAAUGGCGAGCAAGAUAGGAAUCUUGAAAAGGGUGAAGAAGAAAUAACUGCUGAAACAGAUGAAGAACAAGUAGAUAGAGGACGUGAAGAGGAACAAAGUGGAGAGGACAGGAAUCAGGAGCAGAAGUUGGAGCAGGAAUCUAAAACUGAAAAUGAGGAUGAACAGGAAGAAAAGGAAGAUGAAGUUACUGAGCAAGCUGUUCAUGGUGCAUUUUUACAAGUCAGCGAACCGUCUUUAGUGUCUGCUCAUCAUGAUGGCUUUUUGCGAUUCUGGAAUUUAUCAGGUACUCUUCUAUCAGAGAUACGCGCAAUUACUAGGAGACAAGCAUCGGCAGUGACUUCCAUGUGCACAGAUCCGGACUGCAACUUUGUUAUCAGUGGAGAUGCGAGGGGUUACAUCACCGUGUGGGAUGUCGGCAACUUUCUUUUGGAUCCUUCAUCCGAGGGAAGUGACGGUGAUCAACAACAGCAACGUGAAGAUGAUCAGGAUAGUAACAAGGACGACACAAAGAAAGAGCCCAAGAAUGUGAUCAAGCAAGUUGUUUGUUGGCGAGGGCACCUCACUCGUGUUGUUGGACUAGAGCACGUGCAAAGCGCUGACGUAAUCGUGUCUGCAUCAACGGAUUGUUCUGUCAGGGUGUGGUACCGUGAUACCGGUCACUUCAUCGGGUUUUUUAGCCAGCCUCGUCUGUGGCAUAUGCCGUCUGUUAAAUCUGUUCCCUCCACUCCUGUCAGACCGUAUGACAUCUCAGAGGGUCCGAUAAAAACACUAAAAAACGUAGCCACCAAGACCGUUACCAAGGCAACAGAUAGUACCGUGGACUGCCCGUUGAUGUUCGAUGACACAAGAUGGUUACCGUUCCGUCAUUCAGCUCAGAAGGAGACUAAACCAACCGGUGAAAACAAGAAAUUCUUCGACUCUCUAUCAAAACCAAAGCAUUACAACUCUCAUCUGGAGAGUACGAGGUCAGGAUCACCGGAUACUGGGGCAGUGUACAGGGCUCUUCCGGUUUACAGGAUUGAAACACCGGAAAGACUGAAGACACCAGCCAUCAACAUGCAAUCAUCAUGGCUCACAAAUCAGACACAAAAUCAAAAGGGACAUGGCAAUAAGUCAACGUUUGCUUACAGAUCAUCGUCUUCAACUCGGGAACCAGUAGUGUCCAGAUUUCCACAUAUUGUCCAAGGUCACAAGAGAUAGUUCUAACCAGAGGUUAACAAAGCUCCGUCGAAUGGGAUACUUUGCCUUCUUUCAGCUGUUCAGGGACAACAGACGUCCUCGAAAUACCAUAGACCACGACACAGCUUCAUCAUCUACUGACUGGUUCAGUGAAUCACGUAACGAAACACAAUGGACCUCUAAGGGAACUUUAUGUUUCCUUCACUUUCAUACCAUCAGUGUAUCCAUCAAGACUAAAGACUUUUUUAUGUUAGGUAAAUUUUAUAUUCACGCGGAGAUCUAAGCCAGAGAAUGCAGCGAGAUUUGAGACUUGGAGCUUGACGAAUUUCCAUCAGGUUGUUUUCAAGACAACAAAGCCUUGACCUAUCCUAAGAUUUGGCGCGAACGGAUCCUGCGCACUUGCCAGGAAUCGGAGCGAUUGAACUCAAAGUGCUCAGUAGAUGUGGUAUACUCUGAGAGAAGUUU